AUGGCAACAGAUACGAGAAUCCGCAAACGUAUCCCAAAGUCUUGUCGUCGGUGCCAUCGUCGCAAGCAGAGGUGUGUUGGGUUCCCAGUUUGUAUGGGGUGUGAAGCCGCAGAUCAGCCAUGUCUGCGGUCGGAGGCUACCUUGUCAUGGCACCACGCGAUGUCUAAAGAUGCACUUGUUCGGCGAAUCGAGCUUCUUGAGUCUCAGCUGGCUGAAGUAUCCAGCCCGCUAUCGGGUUUUGAUAGUGCCAUUGAGAUUGAUGGGAGGGAAUACCCGGAUCUACUAUUGAAACGAAAUAAACCCGGGACUGUGCCUCUGGUUAGUCUUAGGGACUCUGAAUCAACUUAUCUGGGACCAUCGUCUGGUAGAACGAUCGCGAAGAGCCUAGGACGCCUGCUUCAGGACACAGCAUGGAUGGAUGAUAUACCGGUUGACGCGAGCCAUAAACCCGAGGAUGCAUCCAAUAAUUUUGUCGCAAACAAAGCAGCUCCUCCUGACGAUGAAGUCGGCUCGCGCAUACUGGAUGCCUACUUAAAAAACAUGCAUAUGAGGUUACCUUUCCUUGACCGUUCCAAGAUUCUCAAGCUUCAUCGUGAUCGGAACUUACCGAUUGACACAAACCCCGAGGCUCAAUUCGACCGAUUCAAGCUAUUUAUGGUUUAUGCCAUUGGAUCCGCGAAUCUACAAAUGACAGAGGCAUAUGCUGGGAGCUCACCAAGCUCCUUCUAUGAAACAGCACUGCAGUUCAACUCAUCCGUUCGCGAGUCUCUGACUCUAGCCGGAGCAGAGGCAAUGACCCUCCUCUGCCUUUACAAUCUACGCUCGUCAACAUCGUCGAAAGUCUGGUACAUGAUGGGCCUAGCACUGCGUAUAUGCAUAGACUACGGCCUUCAUCGAGAAGCUCACUAUCGAAAACAAACACCGUAUCAUGCACAGCUGCAUCGUCGGAUCUUUUGGACUGUUUACAUUCUGGAGAGAUAUUCCUCAUGGUCUCUGGGUAGACCAUUCAGUAUUGCAGAAGAGGAGAUCGAUGCAGAAUUACCAGCCGACUUGGACGACACCAUUACCGACGACGGAUUUAUUCAAUAUCUUCUGUUAAACCCAACCGAUUCUUCACGCGAACCCCCGGGUCCAAAUUUGAGAAGAUUCAUUUCGUCAAUCCGGCUUCAGCGUAUUAUGUCUCGCAUCCAUCUUAGGGUUUACCGAGUGGAUCUUCCCCCCAGCGAGUUGGUACCGGAGAUCUCUCCGCUUCUCGCAUCGUUGGAAGAGUUCAAGAGCACAUUGCCUUGCAUGGCAGAACACGAAGAAGACUUCAUUAGCAUGCAUUGGAACAAUUCAGUUCGAAUGCUAUUGCAGCCAUUUCUAAACAUACUACAACCCGACCAUGAGCUUAUCGGGAGAACUCUACAGGCAUCAGGUCAGAUGUGCCAGCUCUUUAAACGACUCAGACAGCGAGAUUCAUCGGGAUAUUCAUUCCUUCUGGUCAAUGGAAUAUUUAUGGCUGGACUCACGAUGUGCUUCUGUCUUUUCCGAUCUCCAGGACUGUUGACGGCUACGGUUUCAAAUGACUUACGAGCUGCAUCGUCGGCAUUAUUUGUGAUGGCAGAGCGCGACUCGAGCUUGAAGAAAUAUCGAGAUUCUUUGGAGUCAUUGAUCACUCGUGUGUUGGAAUUCGCGAAUGACUCGAGUGGUUCAAAUGACAUAGAUCGCCAAGACUAUUCUCUCACGGACAAACCUCGGGCGAUGUUCGGAGAUACAUCUAAAGGGUCUCACAGCUCGCAAAGUGACCCUGCUGCUUUACAGGACGAGUUCCUGUCUAACAUGGGCUUCUUCGACGGAACAGGAGCCGACGCUUGUGAGAGACAAAACGGGUUCUUCAACAUUAGUUAUCCGUUCAAUGGCAUCCUCAUGGAUGAGAUAUCAACAGGCAAUCUGUUCUUCAUGAACAUGGCCGAUGACCUGCACUUCGAAAUCUAA